UGAACAUUUUGCACAUAAAAGCGAAACUCAUUUGUAUUUUCGGUUUUUGUCACUGAAUUUGAUCCCAAAUUAGAUGUCAUGUAAAUCCAAUUGAAUCAACUCAUCCGCUGAAGAGUUUACCACAACAUGAAUCUCUACUUUACCGAAGAGUACGUGAAUCAAGUGCUCGGGCAGUACCAGAACUCCAAGAGUCCCGUCAAGAGGUCGGUGACACCGCGGAUGACCCCCACCACCACCUCCUACGCCGACAACAGACAACACAUAACUCCCGAGUUUUUCGCCACCGAAGAGCUCCGCAGAAGACAAUUGAAUGAAUCGACAUUUAAGGGCUUCGAUCAGCGCAUGGGCUCCGGAGGUAUGCCCCUCACGAACAGCCAAUCACGUGCGGCCACACCGAUGAUCAACCCAUCGACAGUUGCGGCUGUCAAUGAGUCUAUCGUUUGCCAGUUGUCGGAGCCGUUGAUUACGAGCGACUCGUUUGCCACUCACUCGUCGUUUCCCACAAACGGGUCGGGGAUGGCGUCCCACACCUCCCGGCGCGGGGCUAUGCGUUCGCCCAGACGUACCUAUAAGCCGACGCUUAUUAACCACACGUCGCCGCCCAAGGCUAGGAGCACAGGGAUACCAUAUAGCGGUAACUCCAUGCCAUACACAGCCAAAGUCAUUGACUACCAGUCUAACAGUGGCCAGGGAUGGCAGUCUGUCAACCGGGUGCGCCCGUUGGCUACAGUAGAUCAGUUCCCUGAGGUGUCACCAUUCGGUGAACUAAAUGCCCGUCCCAUGAGGUCAUUGAUGACUCGCCACGAGAUACUAGUCCAACAAAACCGCACCAAAAGGGCGCUCCAGGGUGUGAACGCACUGCAAGCGGCCAUCGCUGCUGUGUCUAAGAGAGCACCGGUAGCUGCAAAGCCUACAUUUCAACAGCUAAGACCCAUACUUAAGAACACAACUAAAAGUGGAGGUCAGGCGCCGCCUAUUGGCGAUCGGUUUGCACGAAUGAGAGCUAAUCAGUUGGUGUCGGCGGCUAAACAUACGUUGACUACCAAACAGACAUCCAUGUCCUCGAGGCGGACACUAAUGGGCAGACAGUCGACGCUCAGCGGCCAGAGGUCGGGAGUUAGCCGUCAACAGUCGACUGUCGGUCCGUUGUUUAAGCCCAACUCCGGGCCCAGUGGUCUAGUGGUGUCCAAAGGGUCGCGUGUUAUGCGCGACUCAUUAGCGCCGGGAUAUGAAAGCGACGGCAUUAUCAAGACAGUGGACAUGGAGGACCAGAAUAUAGGCUUUUAUUGCUACCAUUGCGACACAUAUAUCGAUGAACUACAGGUGCUCGGAAAGCACUGCACACUCUAUGCCCAUAGAAAUAAUAUGAGUAGAAAUGCGGCGAAUCCUCUGCAGAAUCCGUUGAACAAGAAGUUGAUUUCGGAUCAAUUCAUAGCCGAUGAUAAACUUGCGUCCAUUGGACUCACCGCCGACACUGUGUUACGCAUGGAAUUGGAUCGCAUACCCAUUGAGUGCAAGCAUUACUAUUACAUCAAAGGCAUACGCCUCCAGAACCCCGGUGGGGCCCACCCUUACCACUGCAAUUUUUGCGACAAAUCAAUUGACUCGUUGUCGGUGAUCGACAGCCACUUAUCGUCGGACAGCCACCAGAAGCAAGAAAAGAGGCCGACGUUUGCCAAGUUUAUGGCGCAGUCAACGGAACCGAUAGCGGGCCUGAAGUUUGUCACGGAGUACACGUGCGCCGACUCCGGACAGCCUACCUAUGAGUGCCAACUCUGCCAAAAGUUCCACGACUCGUACGACAUGUAUCUACACGUGUGCUCUUUCGGGCACCGGAUCCGAGUGUUGAAAGCGUUUAAUCCGAACGAAACGAUUUUGGAUAAGAUAUCGGAGACGCCGCGAGUGGUUAAGGAGAUCGAGCGCCGGGUGGCGGACGUGCAGCGCCGGGUGGGCACC